AGAAAAAAGAAACAAGGAACAUAACAAGAAAGAAUCUUGCCGCAAGCUGCGUACUGUAAAACCCUCUCAACUCUCCGUCGGUCUCUCCACGCCGCCUAAAGAAGGCUGCUUUCUGUCUUUCGGACCCGAAGCUCUUAAACCCGGUUUCCUGGCCAAGAACAAAAGAAGAAAAGGGAGAUAUGGAGGAUAAGCUCAUGAACUCUGUACACUCCACCGUUUUUAAAGAGUCAGAUUCCCUUGAGGGGAAGUGUACUAAAAUUGAGGGUUAUGACUUCAAUCAGGGUGUAAACUACUCCCAGCUUCUCAAGUCCAUGCUUUCCACUGGAUUUCAAGCUUCCAAUCUUGGAGAAGCUAUGGAAAUUGUCAAUGAGAUGCUAGACUGGAGGCUUGCUGAUGAGGCUAUAACUGAGGACUGCAGUGAGGAGAAGGAUCCUGCCUACAGAGAAUCUGUCAGAUGCAAGGUCUUUUUGGGUUUUACAUCAAAUCUUAUUUCAUCUGGUCUUCGAGAUACUGUUCGUUAUCUUACUGAGCAUCACAUGGUUGAUGUAAUAGUUACUACAACUGGUGGCAUAGAAGAAGAUCUCAUAAAGUGCCUUGCACCAACAUAUAAAGGUGAUUUUUAUCUACCUGGUGCUCAGUUACGUUCAAGAGGAUUGAAUCGCAUUGGUAACUUGUUGGUUCCUAAUGACAACUACUGCAAAUUUGAGGAUUGGAUCAUUCCAAUUUUUGAUCAGAUGUUGAAGGAACAACUUGAAGAGAAUAUAUUGUGGACUCCAUCAAAGUUAAUUGCACGCUUGGGAAGAGAAAUAAAUAAUGAAAGUUCAUACCUCUACUGGGCAUACAAGAACGAGAUUCCUGUCUUCUGUCCAGGCUUAACAGAUGGCUCUUUGGGGGAUAUGUUGUAUUUUCAUUCCUUUCGCAGCCCAGGUCUGAUAAUUGAUGUAGUGCAAGAUAUUAGGGCCAUGAAUAGUGAAGCAGUCCAUGCAAGUCCCAGGAAAACAGGAAUGAUAAUUCUAGGAGGUGGACUGCCAAAGCAUCAUAUCUGCAAUGCUAAUAUGAUGCGUAAUGGUGCUGAUUAUGCUGUUUACAUAAAUACAGCACAAGAGUUUGAUGGGAGUGAUUCUGGAGCCCGGCCUGAUGAGGCUAUUUCAUGGGGGAAAAUACGAGGUUCUGCUAAAACGGUUAAGGUACAUUGUGACGCAACUAUUGCUUUCCCUCUGCUGGUAGCAGAAACAUUUGCUUCAAGGUGGAAGAAAUCUGUCAAUAUCAAGGCCUAGUUCAAUUUUUUUUAACGAGUGCAGAUUCAUGUAAUAUCACUAUUAAAAAUCUCGUUAUUUGUCCCUCGUAUCAUUGAGCUGGCAUCCUAGGGAAGAUGAUACUAUAUAAAAGGAGGUCAAUGCACUUUGCUCUGCCAUGGUAUAAAUGAAGAGAAAAUGAGUGCAUUGUGUUUCCUAAAUUGAGAGUUUAUAUUAGAGGUUGGAGAACUGUGAGAGGAAGUCUAUUGUCUUUCAAGUUAUUUAAAUUGCUUGUAGCUGAACUCGUAAACCUGCCGAGGCAUCUUACUGCAUUGUCUUUGGCUGAUUUAUAGCCAGAACGAUUAAUAAAUUACUUUAAAUGCUCUCACUUUCACAUCAAA